AUGGGGCCCAAAAAAGCAGGUGGGGAGAGCCCCAAAAAAGCAGGUGGGGAGGGUGGGAAAAAGAAAGGCAAGAAGGGUGCUCCACCAUCGCCUAAAGCGGCAGAAGAGGUCAUCACGGAGGAGAUCCGCAAGUUUUAUCAAAUCCAGAUCCAGGACCUGGAGAAGAGGAUCCUUCAGUAUCAAAAGAAGUGGGACGAGAUGGCAGUGAAAGAUAAACUCUUCCGGGCUAAGUUUGAACAGCUGGCUCAAAAUAAAAAGGAGAUUGUCUCCUUCCUCAAAUGUUCCCUCAACCAGCGAGUGUUUGAGAUUACAGACCUCAAUGAACAGCUGCAGGGCCUGCAGAUCUCCAAGGAGAUGGAGAAGGAUGCCUUCGAAUCUCAGCUGGCCCAGGUGUACCAUGAGUUCCAGGAGAGCAAAGACCAGCUCGUCUCGGAGAAUGUCUUAUUGGGGGGGAAGCUGGCCGCCCUUGAUGAGUACCGGGUCCAGAAGGAAGAGCUCAUGGCCAAGUUUGCUGUGCUGGAAGAACAACUGAAGAAGGAACAGGAGGAGUACAAGGACUGGAUUUACACCCUGGAGAAGAAUGCUGUGUUAGACAAAGACAGACUGAAAAAGGAAAUAGUCCAGCGAGUGAAUAAGGUGGCAAUCGAGUUUCGCAAGGUGUCCGCUCUCCAGAUGUCAGAGACAACAAGGAAGGUAAUCCAAGAGAACAUGGCAGUGACUAAAGAGCUGGCCAAAGUGUCCAACCAAAGCCUACAGCUGUACACUGAGAAUGAGGAGCUGAAGGGGGUCACGGCGGAGAUGGCCAAACAGCUGGACUUGCUGGAGAGCAACAAGAAGAUGAUGUCUAAUAACAGGAUGAAUCGCCUCAAGGUGAUAUGGUUUCUGGCUGAAAAGUGUGAAGAACAGCAGCACAGAAUGGAAGAAGCUGAAAAGAUAAGGGCUGUGUUGGAGCAGUUAGAGAUGGCUUUCCAGCAGUUACAGCAGGACAACCAUGAUCUGAGGAAUGAUAUGGAGGACCUAAAGACGAAGCUCAAGCACAACCAAGUGGAAGCAAAGAAACUGAGUGAGGAGCUGGAGAAGGAGCAGAAGCGGAGGCGCGAUGUGGAACAAGUGUUGGCCCAAGCCAGGUUCCUACUUCGGGAUCUGCUGUCGAUGCAGCCUGAGCAUGCUGAGGAGGGUCAGUUUAAUGUGCUCUUCCAGAUGGAACAGAAGGAGAUGCUGCACCAGCUGAUGUCCAUGCUGAGCCACGCUGUGGUCCUGGGGCCACAUGUGGCUCAGUUCAUCAGAGUCCAACAAAAAGCUCCCCGUCUUUCCAUAAAUACACUACGGGAGAGAUGUGAGACCGUCAAGCCCUUCCAUCAACUGACCAACAGCAUGCCAUACAGGUUGUCGGGCCUGAGCACAGUGUUCCGACCAACCCAUAUACCCUUCAACCCCAAAGAUAUUCAAAUACUGUCCCAAACUACUCGGCUCAGAAAUUUCAAGGUCUCCUUUCCAAACUCCUUUAGACGGUUCACACUGCCUGCUAUCGCCUUGAAGAAGAGACAGCUCUUUCCUGCCUCCUCUGUGCCCUCAGACCCUACAGAGAAGGAAACAGAGGAGGAAGGGCAAGCUUCAUCCUUGGAAGACAAACCUUUAUUCCCUGGGCAGGGACAGGAGAGUAAUUAAAUGUCCCAUAAAUUAGUGAUUACACAGGUGUGGGCAGGUCUCAUGUUGGGGGAGGGGGGGAGUGUGACAAUGUGAGUCGGCUGAACCCAGGGUCA